AUGUUUUUAACUUCAGUCUCUAAGUUUGGGCUUUUGGCAGCCCUGCCGCUCGUCGCAGCUGAGCUGUUUGCCCAAGCACACCCCCGGCCAGAGCUCCAGUUAAGGUUUCUCAAUGGCUCGACACAAGUAAAGUCAUCGUACGACUAUGUGAUUAUCGGGGGAGGCACGGCCGGUCUGACGGUAGCAGACCGUUUGACGGCUGACGGGAAGACUACUGUCCUGGUCAUAGAGAACGGCAAAAUAGUCAACUCCCCUAGGAUCAACCAAGUUUUCUCCGGCACCGCUGCCAUGGGCCCGACAUGGUCGUACCAGAUCAAUUCAGUACCUCAAGUCAACCUACAGAAUAGGAGCACGGCGGUUUUGGCUGGUAACCUAGUCGGCGGCAGCUCAGCUAUCAAUGCAAUGAUGGCUGUUCGAGGAACGUCAGAAGACUACGACCGAUGGGGCAGUUUCUUCAGCAAUAGCUCUACUUGGUCUUGGGACGGCCUCUUGCCUUAUCUGAAGAAGGCUCUUACCUUUGUACCCCCUGACGCCGCCGUAGCCAAAUCAGUGAAUCUUACAUUUGACCCUUCAUUCUGGGGUAACAGUUCCAGUGUAUACGCGGGAUGGCCAUAUUUUCAAUGGCCUGGUUUAAAAACGCAGGUAGAGGCUUUUAGAGACAUACCUGGUGUUGAGUUCCCUCCUGAUAGUGGUGCAGGCAGGGCAGGUGUGUACUGGUUCCCGACUUUCAUGGACCCGAAAAUAGUCCAUAGAUCAUAUGCCAGAACGGGGCAUUUUGAUGGAAUCAAUAGGACUAAUUACGAGGUUGUUACCCAAUCGCACGUAACCAAAGUUCUACUAGAAGAAGGGACUGCUACGGGGGUGGUUUUCCGUCAAAGGAAUGAAAAUGAAACAACGCUCGCCACGGUCAAAGCUAACCGUGAAGUUAUCCUUUCUGCGGGCGCUAUUCACUCCCCUCAAUUGCUACAGCGCAGUGGUAUCGGACCUAAAAAGCUUCUAGAGUCAGCUGGCUUAAAUACCACCGUCAAUCUACCUGGUGUCGGCCAAAACUUCCAGGACCAUCCAAUGCUUUUCAUGAGCAUUGUCCUCCGGAAUUUUACGACUCAUCCAAGUCCAUUGGAUAUGUUUGGCGGAAACAAGAACUUCACUAACUGGGCUCAGGAACUCUGGAGAGCUAACAAGACAGGGCCAUAUUCUAUGGGCAUUGGCAACGCCGCAGCAUGGUUGGGCAUGCCAGUAAUUUCCCCUGACAGAUUCAAAAGCAUAGCAUCCAAAUUAGAGAACCAAGACCAUGCUGCUCAACUACCCUCAGAUACUGACCCGACUGUGAUUGCUGGAUACAGCGCGCAAAUGAAGAAGAUGGCAGCAUCAAUUCGCUCAUCAAACACGGCGUUCUAUAACCACGUCCUGACUGGCGCCGGGUCUUCGGGUACACUGGUAGAUUUACACCCCCUUAGCCGCGGGACAGUCAACAUCAACACCGCAGACCCAUUCAACACAGAGCCCCUAGUAGACUACAGGGCUCUUACCAAUCCUAUAGACCUCGAAAUUAUGAUCGAGAUGCUCCGGUUCACUAAGCGGUAUUUCUUCGAGACACGACUCAAGGGGUUUUCUCCCAGGCAAGUGCAGCCGCCCGCCUACGUCAACGAGUCCGAAGACCUUGCCGGAUUUCUGGCGGAGAACCUUAGUCCUUCCGAGUUCCAUCCCUCAGGAACUUGCGCCAUGAUGCCAAGAGAGCUGGGAGGCGUGGUGGACGAGAGUCUGAGGGUAUAUGGCGUGAAGCAUCUGAGGGUUGUCGAUGCUAGUAUCAUGCCUACGUUGCCUGGAGCCAACACUUGCCAGAGCGUCUAUGCUAUUGCUGAGAAGGUAGGUGAACGAUUUCCAGUGCGCACUAAGGUCUGUACUAACAGUUUCUAGGCGGCCGAUCUCAUCAUAGCUGAUUUAUAACAGGAGCGAGUUUCUAAUACACGAUCCGUCAUGCUGGUU